CCCAGCAUGGCUUCACCCAUGAGGAGUUUGCUGGCUGACCUUGACAGAUACAUCCAGGCAUUCCACCUCUUCCUGGAGAGGUCCACGGAGCACCAGAGCACGCAGGAGUUCGUGGAGAGGCGGCUGCCGGGCAUGAUCGCCAGUAUUGGAAUUUGGAAGUCUGCAAUCAAUGUUUUAAGCGUUGGAGGUGGAGCAGGUGAGAUGGACUUGCAGAUCUUCUCAAAAGUACGAGCCAGAUAUCCCGGGGUCACCAUCAACAAUGACGUGAUAGAGCCAAGUGCUGACCAAAUCUCAAAGUACAAAGAGCGUGUGGCUCAGGCAUCAAACCUGGAGAACAUAAAGUUUACCUGGCACAAGGAGACAGCUAAUGAAUAUGAAAGUCGAAUGAAUGCAGAAAAGAAAACUAAAAAAUGGGACUUCAUUCACAUGAUCUAGAUGCUCUACUAUGUGAAAGAUAUCCCAGCAACUAUCCAGUACUUCCACAGCCUCCUGGAACCGCAGGCGAAGCUCCUCAUGAUCCUGGUGUCAGGAAAGAGUGGCUGGGAAACACUGUGGAAGAAGUAUGGAUCUUCCUUCCCUUUGGAAUGUCUUUGCUCUUAUGUUUCCUCUGCUGAUUUGCCAAGGAUGCUGGAUUCAGCUGGGGUGAAGUCCCAGCUCUACGAGCUCCCAUCCCACAUGGACAUAACCAGCUGCUUUACGGAAGGGGACAAAGAUGGGGAGCUCUUGCUGGAUUUCCCAACAGAAACACUUGAAUUCGCUGAAAUUGCCCCUGCUGAACUAAAGCAUCAGGUGAUGGAGGAGCUAAGAAAGCCUGGGUGCAGUGAAAUCAGAGAUGGGAAAGUGUUUUUCAAUAACAACCUGGGUGUAAUAGUGAUUGAGCCAUGA